AACAAUGUGAACAAAAACCACCGAGUGUAAUCAAAUAUGAAUAGAACGGAGAAAAUGUUGGCGGCUGUCGGUGUAGCGAAGCCACCAAGAAAAAAAGCACGGAUGGUGCCGGGAAGCAACUCUGAAGUGAUCUCACAAGCAAGAACAAGAAAAAGAGAAGUUUUGGGGGAUGUGUCGAACUUCGAGCCAGUUGUAAGGGAAGAAAGAAGCCCCUUCUUCCUCGCCCAAGGAUAUGAAACUAAUUCAGAUUUACUAAGCACCUUGCGAAAUAAAUUUUGCAAUGCUUCAUUAGAUGCAGAUUCAGCACCAG